AUGCAGACGGGCAGAGCCAUCAAGUUCGCCGUGGACCACGUCUUCUCGUCGUCCCAUCGCUCCACUCAGGUGAAGAACCGCAUCGCCGUGGUCGUCACCGAUGGAAAGUCCCAGGAUGACGUGGUGGACGCCAGCGUGGAGGCGCGGGCCCAGGGCAUCACGGUGUUCGCGGUCGGCGUCGGCAGCGAGAUCACCACCUCAGAGCUCGUGUCCAUCGCUAACAAACCCUCGUCCACCUACGUCCUGUACGCCGAGGACUACACCACCAUGGAGCGCAUCCGGGACUCCAUGGAGCAGAAGCUGUGUGAAGAGUCAGUCUGUCCCACGCGGAUCCCAGUGGCCUCUCGAGACGAGAAAGGCUUCGAGCUGAUGCUGGGCAUGAACAUCCAGAGGAAGGCCAAGAAGGUCGCCGGCUCCCUGCUUUCUGAGGCGGCCUACGCUCUCGCUGCGUCCACGGACAUCACAGAAAAGACCAGGGACAUUUUCCCAGAAGGCCUCCCUCCAGCCUACGUGUUCGUGGCCACGCUGCGCCUGAAGGGGUCCUCCAGCAGGCUGCCCUUUGACCUUUGGAGGGUCCUGUCGAAGGAGAAAGAAGUCCAGGUUGCGGUGACCCUGAGUGGGAAGGACAAAACUGUCACCUUCACCAGCACCAGUGUUACGGGAGGAGAACAGCGCAUCACCUUCACCGGUGGCUUUCAGACGCUCUAUGAUGGAAAGUGGCAUCAGCUCCGACUCCUCGUGAGGCCGCGUCUUGUCUCGGGGUUCCUCGACGAUCAGCUGAUUGGGGAAGUCAAGCUGGACCCGGUGGAGCCCAUUUACAUCAACGGGGAGACGCAGGUGGCGAAGACCCGGGGAGCAGACGCUACUGUGCCAGUUGAGAUCCAGAAGCUGCGUCUGUACUGUGAUCCUCACCAGAGUGAGAGAGAAACGGCCUGUGAGAUCUACUCUGUGGACGAUGAACGGUGUCCUUUGAAUCGAACAGCUUCACCAGAAGAGGAAGGAUGCAACUGUGUUGUGGGACCACAAGGACAGCGCGGCUCACCGGGACGCACGGGUUCACAAGGUCAGAAAGGAAGUGAAGGCCCACCAGGACCUGCUGGUAAACCUGGUAAAGAUGGGAAACCUGGGGAGUCUGGUCCUCCUGGUUUACCAGGAAUGAGGGGUGAAGACGGCUCCACAGGGCCAAAAGGAGAGCCUGGUCUCCAAGGCAGAAAGGGGGACAGAGGGGUGCCAGGGUCAUCAGGAGAACCAGGACCCCCUGGACCAAAGGGUCUUCCCGGUGCGAAAGGAGAACUCGGACCACCUGGAGAAGUUGGCUCAGUAGGGGAACCAGGACUGCCAGGCUCCAGCGGACUCAUCGGGCCUCCAGGACCACAGGGAGCGAAGGGUGAGCCCGGACCUGCUGGUGCUGCUGGACCCCAAGGUGCCGCGGGAGAGGCAGGUUUGCCGGGGCCUCAAGGACCACCUGGCGUAAAGGGAAUCCAAGGGCCCAAGGGACCGCCCGGAGAGAUCGGCCAAGAUGGUCCCAAGGGGAAGUGUGGCGACCCGGGACUCACUGGUGCACCAGGCCCGAAGGGUUCUGUGGGGGAGUCAGGUUUUCCAGGGAUGCCAGGUGGAAUGGGCCUGCCAGGGUUCAAAGGUCACAAGGGGGAGCGAGGAGAGUCUGGCCUGAAAGGAAACCAGGGGGAGCGAGGCAGAGAUGGAGAUCCGGGGACUCCUGGCUCCCCGGGCGAAGAGGGACCCAAGGGAAGGAAAGGAGAGAAAGGUGACACAGGUGACCUGGGCCCCAGGGGGGCUGACGGAAAGAAAGGGGACAUGGGCCAUUCGGGCCACAUGGGCGCUGUUGGCCCCAGGGGAUUUCCUGGCCAAGAUGGAAUACCAGGCCAACCGGGCCAGCCGGGAUAUCCAGGAAAGCCUGGUAAGCCUCCCUCAGAUGACCAUCUCCUGAAGCUCUGCACUGAUGUUCUGCGCAACCAGCUCCCGGCACUGCUGCAGUCCUUGGCCCCUUCAUCUGGGUGUGAACCCUGCCAGAGUAUUAAGGGGCCGUCGGGUGAGCCAGGAGCCCCUGGGCCCAAAGGCUCCAUGGGAACCCCAGGCUACCCUGGCAGGAGUGGUGCUCCUGGCUACCCAGGGCCUCCUGGAGAGCAGGGACCUGCCGGAAUCAAAGGUGACAUCGGACCGAGGGGACUCAAAGGCAUUAAAGGAGAAGGUUACAGAGGACCUCCAGGACCACCCGGAGAGCCAGGCAUUCAGGGCCCCCGUGGCUUUGAUGGGAUCGGCCAGCCAGGAAACCAAGGACUUCCAGGAAAGCCAGGUUCACCUGGGUAUCCUGGAAAACGGGGCAGCCCUGGGCUUCCAGGAGUGUGUGACAUGUCUUUGUGUUAUCAGACAUACAACUUCAGGGAACAUUACAGCAAAGGGCCCAACGUCUGAUGAGGCAGCAGGACAGAGGAUGCAUUUCAUUCAGGUGGUUUAUCAAAGCGUUUUACCGUAUCACUGAUUAUCAGAAACGUGCGUGACUAUUGAAUCCUGUAUGACCCAUGUGGAGCUGCACUGGAGGCAAAUAUAACGUCAUGUUAAACUGAAAUAGGCAAAAUGCGGGUUGACGGUUAUGCUGUCUUUGAUGGAAGAUGCUUUAGUUUACCAAGCUGGAGCUACAGUACUUAAACCUCUCAACAAAAACUAGAGGAUGGAUCAGAAGUCUGUUUUAUUUAGUGUAACUCUAUCUGUACGAUGACAAGUGUAAAGUACCCACGAAUAAAAUGUGUUAUUACUGUGUUUACGUAUCCAUCCACCCAUUUUCCAAGCCGUUGAAUCCCAUAUGCAGGGUCGCGGGGUUGUGUUUAACUGGAAACAUUAAAAUUUGUAACAAUUUGAUAACAAAAAUAAUAAUGGCUACCUCUUUCUAAGUUAAUUCCAGUUACACCUUAUGUCAAAGAUAUUCAGGGCUGAGACAAUGUUAACUGUUAUUUUUAACAACCUUACUAAGGUCUGCACACAAACGCUCAUGAAUUAGGAUUCAGACUCACAAUGUCAUCUUAAAUUGUCCCCAGUGCAGCAGCAGAGACAUGAUUGAACGUACAGGACAGGUUGAAAAGUAAAGAACAAGCCUGAAUGAUGAAUUGGAAAUAGGCCCAAUACAUGAACGGGACACAUUUUAUCAUAAUUACCAUGUGAAAGGCUAAUAAAUUCUAGGUUUGGUCCAAGGUAACACUGGCUGUAAAAUAUGUCCAACCAUUACUAUUCCACAGUCUGCGUUCUGGUCCAUAGCGGGAGGAAAGAUCACAUGUCUCUACAAGCGUUGUGCUGAUCUGUCACAUCCUUAUAAUUGUUUUCAUGUGUAUUGGUAUUAGACUUGUUGUCCAUUGCUUUCCUGUCUCAAGGGACUUAUUUACCUCAACUGCACAUUGAAGCAGGCUCAGACCUUUUUCAGGUUGACGUUUCCAAACAUACGAACAGCAGGUUGAACACUUUUACUAACUGUAACUAGUUGCUUUUAUUUUUCACUUUUUGUUUUCUUGCAGCAUCAUCGUGUACAAAACAUUCAUUUGUCCAUAGAAACACUGAAACUUUAGAGAUCUGUCCAAGUCAUUUGUUAAAAGUCACAUUUGUAACAGUUGUUUUGAUACUUUCUAUUCAUUAGAACAGAAGAAAGUAGAGUAUUAAAUUAUUAAAGUAGUGGAUGUGGAGGAUCUUCCAUAAUUUGAUUACUGCAUAAUGUUCAUUUUGCAUUUGCAUGUCAUUUUGCUCUUGGUUACAUUUGAAUGUCUUUGCACUCAGAUUUGAAAAGCAUCAUGAAUAGGAAACAUAGAAAUCUCUUUAAGUGUCAUAUGGAAACCUAAGUGUUAUAUUAACAUGCACAUGUAAUGUACAUUAUAAUCGGCCAAACUAAAUUAUACGCACCACUGCUUGACAUGAACAGGCUCCGAGUGGUUCAAAGACCCAAUUCACCCGACACAUGGCUUCAUCAUAGGCCUUGCAUACCAAUCACAAGUAAGAACAAUUCAUGGUACAGUAUUCAAGUCAUCACAGGAAAGUAAUGCAUAGUCAGUGUUGUGAACAGAAAAGAUUGUAAAAAGAAAUUUCAGUCAAAAUACAUUUAUUUUAAGGGUUUUGCUUGACUUGUGAGUUUGGAGUCUGUCUGCACAGACUUAUGGUCUUUUGAUUUUCAUUUUACUAAAUGCAUGUGCCUUAAAUAUUCUGUUGUUGAUUGAGAGAUAAAGGAGUCGCCCACAACCUCGCACUUCUGCAUUGGGGAUUUAAUUGAACUAUUUAUUGGACUGUAUUUACUUUGUCAAGUCAUAUCCACAAUGUGAACAGAUGGAUUUGUUUUUAAGCGUUUAUAGAACAGAGCAUGUGUUAGUGUUUGUGCACACAUGAUUGUCUGUUGCCUAAAUACCUGAAUCUGUGUCCCCAGUAAAGGGACUGUGGCAAGAACCAGAACAGAGUAAAGAUACAAACAGUAGCAUGAGCUCAGUGUCUCAGAGGGGAACCUGUCUGAGUAGAAACAUGUCUCAAGCUGCAGGUGUGCAGGUGAGGUGUAAGAGACUCACAGGUGCUACAGUAUUUAUUACAUUCAUUUCCGUUAGCAGCACUAUAUGAUAGCAAGAUAAUAAGUUUCUGUUUUUCGUUUUUAUCCAUGCAACAAUGAUGUUAUUUCACCGUGAGGGUCGAAUCUAUUGUAUAACUUGCAAAUCCACUUUAUCCGCUUUAUUCAGUGUAAAAAGGUUUUGACUUGUGAACAUUAUAAUAAAUAAAAUUAAUAAACCUGAAAUAAACUGACAGGAUCAACAGUAACAGACCUUUCAUCUCAUUGACUUCACUUGCUGGGUUUCCUGUUUAUUACUGUACAUAUAAAUAUACUGCAUUAUGUUGUUGUUGUUGUGAUUUUUGUAUUAAAACACUUUUACA